AUAGUGUUCUUAGAUGCCUAUUAUCUAGCCUGGUUGUCAGAUCAGAAAUUCUCAACUUUUCUUCAACCAUUCUCGUUCUUCAUCCUUCACUUCACUUCACUUCACAACUCAUCCAAACAACUGCAGAUCUAUCAACCCAGCCACUAGACUCUCUUAUUCGUUUCAUUUCACUAAAACGCCUUUCAGGAACUCAACCACUCUAGACCAUAGAUAUGGAUUCCAACAACGGUCCAGUCCUGUUUUCCUCAGGAAACGCAUUGCUCCAUGCGGAGUAUCCCUUACAUGCUAACCCUGCCUCGGAGGGAUUGUCUGGUCUCCCCAUGGACUUUCCCGCUCACUCGGGUCAGGCGUUUUCCUGGACAGGAAAUCAAGUCAGUGAUCAUGAGCUCCACUUCAUCUAUCAUUUGACCGAGAAGAACCUGGCAGAGGUCAAUUCCGCGAAGGAUCACUUCAAAUCGUUGGAACUGGAUGGUGAUCUAGUCAACCGGGACAAUUUCCCCCUUCCCACACUCGGUCCCAAGCUAGAUGAGCUUAGUCAUGAUAUUCACAAUGGCAGCGGCCUCUGCGUUAUUCGUGGAAUCAACCCGGAGGACUACUCCGUUGAAGACUUGACCAUUGUCUGGCUAGGUAUUCAAGCAUACAUCGCUGACCAGCGAGGAUGCCAAGACCACCGAGGCAACAUGCUUGUCCACAUCGUGGCAGACAACUCUUCUCAGCUGAAGUUAGGCCACCACCGCCAUUCUACCUCUGCUAUUUCCUUCCACAACGAGGAGGCGGGCGACGUGGUCGCUUGGUUGACUCGUAGCACUGCAGCAUCCGGAGGCAAGUGCAUCGUUGCGUCGGCUUAUACUAUCUACAACAUCCUAGCGGCCCAUCGUCCCGACAUCAUUCGCACCCUUGCGAAGUCGGAUUGGCCAUUUGCUUUUCCGCGCUUCCAAUGUCGACCCAUAUUAUUCCACCACAACUCGAGGCUGGUGAUGAAUUUUGGUCGUACGCCCCUAUUGGGAAAUGCCAUCCACCCACGCCCAGAGAAUCUCCCAAAGCUCAAUGAUCGCCAGCGCGAGGCUCUUGACGUGGUGGAAGCGAUUGCCCAAGCGGUCCAACUUGAGAUCAAGACCCAAGCUGGCGACAUGCAUUUCAUCAACAACCUUGCCGUUCUCCACAGACGCGAAGGAUUCGUCGACGGCGACUCUCCUCAGCAUAAGCGGCACUUAGUUCGCAUGCGACUACGCAGCUCGCAGCAUGGGUGGGACAUACCGGACGAACUGAAGCGGGAAUGGCAUGAUGCAUUCGACGCGGACACCUACCAGACGUGGCACCUGGAACCGAUGCCUGGCGACGUGUUCCCCCUUCGUAAGUACACUAACUAAAUAAUAUGGCCCACGAUGCCUACCUAGUAGGGCGGGUGCCCAUGCACUGCAUCUCACGGGGAACGGUUGGGAUUGGGAAAGUUACCAAUGGGGUUCCGGCUCACGGAGGUUAAUACGGAGAUAAAAGGGGGUUUCAUCAAUGGUUUCUUCUCGGGAUGUGUCAACUUGCGGUUUUCUUUGCUCUAGCUCUGGUUGAGCUACCUAAUAAUUCGUCGACGAUGCUGGGGUUUGAGAGGAGUGUGUCUGAUCCCUAUAACGAAGCACGAUCCUUUGGAACAUAGCUCUUUACUAGGAGUAUACGAUAUGUCCGCCGGUUUUGAGACUACUUAACAUAAAAUUAUCACUGUCCCUACCUAAGUACAAUAGAUACAGAUUUACUCAACCUUUG